AUGCCUUUCCUCAGCAUCGGAUAUAAGCGCAUUCACUACGCGGAUUUGAAACCGCAAAAUGGGAAAACACGCGAGACGUUCAUCUUCAUGCACGGGCUGGGCUCUUCGCAGAAUUACUACUCUGCGGUAGCUCAGAGCCUGGUCGCAAGCGGAUUCCGCUGCAUCACAUUUGAUAACACGGGAGCGGGGCGAUCAACAUAUACGUUUGUCGAGCAGAGUAUCGAGACUCUGGCAGAAGAUGCUAUAGGGGUUUUGGACGCGUUGGACGUCAAGCAGGCUGUGUUCGUCGGGCACAGUAUGGGAGGUAUUGUAGGCGCACACCUCGCCGCUGAGCGAAGCGACCGCAUCGUAGCAGCUGUCUUGGUCGGCCCCGUCUAUCCCAACCCUGAAGCAGCGCCCCGCUUCCAAGAACGGAUAGAAAACGUCGCCAAGAAUGGUAUGCAACCCAUGGCCGAUACCGUCCCACAGGCUGCGGUCGGAAAGAAGGCUUCUCCACUGGUCAAAGCAAUGAUCCGCGAGUUACUGCUAGCACAGGAUCCAGCGGGUUAUAUAUCAAACUGCCGAGUCAUUGUCAAUGCAAAGCCGCCCAGUUACAGCAAGAUCAGCGUGCCUGUACUUAUUCUCGCUGGUGACGAGGAUAUGAGUGCGCCGCUUGAAGGGUGCAAGAAGAUGUUUGAUGAGAUUGCGAGUAGUGAGAAGAAGUUGGAGGUCAUGGAGGGGGUUGGGCAUUGGCACUGUCUUGAAGCUUUUGACGAGGUUGCGAAGUUGAUAGAGGGAUUUUAUCACGAGAUACACCUGCCUGUGAUUUCAUUUUCCAUUCCCUCAUAUCUCUGGCGUGUGUGCUCCUCGCGAGGAAUACACAUCUGUGAAUUUCGGUGUUGGCACUGGCUGCUGACGAGUACCGAAAUUAUUCACGACUAA